GACAGUUAAUGUUUAACCGUCAGACGUUAGCCUGAUCACCAGUCGCCAGGGCACCGAAUACAAUAGUUUUUCUUUCUGAAAUAAAACAUAUUUAAACGACAAAAUAAGGGUUUUCGAAAACCUACAAUGGGGUAUAAAUUUCUUAAACUUGCAUCCACUCCAUAUGUGAAUGGACCUCUAAGAAUUGCUAUCAGGAAAUAUUCAGCAUCACACGAAGCUGAUGUUGUAGUAAUUGGUUCGGGCCCUGGCGGUUAUGUUGCUGCUAUCAAAGCUGCUCAAUUGGGAUUUAAAACAAUAUCAGUUGAGAAAGACCCUACACUUGGUGGAACAUGUUUAAAUGUAGGCUGUAUUCCAUCUAAAGCUUUGCUCCACAACUCACACUUAUACCAUAUGGCCAAACAUGACUUCAAAAACAGAGGCAUUGAAGUGGGAAAUCUUAGCUUCAACUUUGAAACCAUGAUGUCUUAUAAAACAAAUGCGGUUAAAGCCUUGACUGGUGGUAUUGCUAUGCUCUUCAAUAAGAACAAGGUCCAGCUAGUACGAGGUGUAGGAUCUAUUGUUGCACCUAACAAAGUAGAAGUUAAAGGAGAGAAAGGUGUAGAGACCAUAACUACCAAGAAUAUUCUAAUUGCCACUGGAUCAGAGGUUACACCAUUUCCUGGAGUCACUUUUGAUGAGCAACAAAUCAUCACAUCUACUGGGGCCCUAUCCUUACCCAAAGUGCCUCAGAAAAUGUUGGUUAUUGGAGCCGGUGUUAUUGGGCUGGAAUUGGGAUCUGUUUAUCAAAGGCUGGGUUCUGAUGUGACAGCCAUUGAGUUCCUUGACUCUAUUGGAGGUGUUGGUAUUGAUGGAGAAGUAUCAAAGACAUUACAAAAGAUUCUUUCAAAACAGGGCAUGAAAUUCAAACUUGGCACCAAGGUCACAGGGGUUAAGAAAGAGGGUGCUGGUGUUAAAGUUGAAGUUGAAGCGGCCAAGGGUGGUAAUAAGGAAACGUUGGACUGUGAUGUUGUAUUAAUCUCAAUCGGCAGAAGACCGUACACCAAGGGCUUGGGUUUGGACAAAGUCGGCAUUGCUUUGGACGACCGCGGCCGUGUGCCUGUGAAUAAUAAGUUCCAGACCACAGUUCCUGGUAUCUAUGCCAUCGGAGACGUAAUUCAUGGACCUAUGCUGGCUCAUAAGGCAGAAGACGAGGGUAUCGUGUGCGUUGAGGGAAUCAAGGGUAUGCCUGUACACUUCAACUACGACGCAAUACCCUCGGUGAUCUACACAUCGCCCGAGGUCGGCUGGGUCGGAAAAUCGGAAGAGGAUCUAAAAAAAGAAGGACGAGCAUACAAAGUGGGCAAGUUCCCGUUCCUGGCCAACUCCCGCGCGAAGACCAACGGCGAGACGGACGGGUUCGUCAAGGUCUUGGCUGACAAGACUACUGACGUCAUCCUCGGGACACACAUCAUUGGACCCGGUGGUGGUGAGCUGAUCAACGAAGCUGUCCUCGCUCAGGAGUACGGAGCAGCAGCCGAGGACGUUGCGAGGGUCUGUCACGCGCAUCCAACAUGUGCAGAGGCAUUACGAGAAGCGAAUCUUGCAGCAUAUAGUGGAAAACCCAUCAACUUCUAAAACCACCGUUAUAAGGACCAUAUUGUUGUAUAUUUUUCGUGGACGGCGCCAGGAAGUAGCCAUUUAGUCCAAUAAGGAUCUUAUUCGAAUCUAUUGUGAUCUUUGGGUAUUAAAGAUAAUUUAUAUUGAGUCGAGGCUCAAUAUUAAUAAUGAUAACAGUGCAACUGUCUUGUAUAUUUUUCGUUAGCAAAUUUCAUUCCUCCUAUAAAUCAGAGCAUUUCCACCCUAUAAAUGUAUAUUUAUUUUAUUUUGUUUUGUAAAUAAUUUUACCGACUCUACACUUGUUUUAGUGUCUUCAUAUUUAAUUUAAAAUAAAACAAUAAAUCAGUCA